AUGGCCAUCGUCCCUCUACUUUUCCUGGCUGCCCUAGCAUUAGUCCAUCACCCCCUCUUGGUCAAUGACAUCACAGAUUUGGCCACCCUGAAUCGUCUCCAGGAGCAUGAGACGCGGCUGACUACGGAAAUGGGGCGUCUCCAGGUGGAAAUGGACCAAAAGAACUGGAACUGGGAUCUCAAACAGAACCGGGAACAAUGGAUCACAGAGGACGUAGAAGCAGGGGGUGGAACCUGGGAUGGGUGGCCUUAUGUAGGGCUAGUUAUCAUCCUCCUGUUUGGAUGCUGCAGACGCACCGCUGAGAAGGAACCCAACGACGAUUCUAGCACGGACAGCUCCAGCACCACCACCAACGGAGAAGAUUUUGAAGACACUGACCAGGAACCCGAAGAUUAUCAAUCCAAGCAAAAAUUGCUGGAGGCUUUUUACGAGCAGCAAAUCGAGACAGGAACCGGUGACAUGCCCAGCUUGUGUGAUUUUGUGGAGAUGUUAGUGAAUGAUUUGAUCGAAGAGAGUCGGAAUCAAAAUCUACUUCUGCUGGAGAACUGCAUCGGGGUGGGCAGCGCCUUUGAAGGGUGGUCCACGGAGGCUUCAAAAACGUUCUGUAUCCUUGUGCCUAUAUUGCCACCCAAGGGCCAUUCCUUUCACAUUGAAACAAGCGACUCCGAGGGUGCUCCGGGUAAGCAUGGACACAUCUUGGUGGAGGCAGAGUGCCUGUGUAAGAGAGAGAGGCUGCUGGGGGACGUGGUAUGCUCCCUUCAUCACCCGGAACGAGAGCUGAGCCAGGAAGAGCAAAGCAAGUCCCUGAUGCAUGUUCUUUGCACCAGCUCCCAUUUGGAUGGGGAGAAAACCAUCCAGUGGUUCCAAGCUCUGGUAAACAAGGUCUGGGACGCUCUUGCUCAGAAGUACAAUUUAAGUCUCACAAUCCAGAAUUCCAACAAAACCUGCCGGCUGAAAUUAGAACUUCAAUCCAGGAAGGAGAUCUUUAUUGAUAUCUUACUCGGAGUGCAGCAAGGAGACUCUCUGAUCUUCCUGACCACCCAAGAUGGCCAAAAAGGCAGUCCGAAUGGUAUGGUUUGGCACAGAAGCUUUGCUGUUCAGGAGCUGCUCUUUUUCAAGUGGGUGAGCCAGCGAGCUCCCAAGGACAGCUGCCACUUGAAAUGUCUUCAGAUCCUCAUCUUCUUCAGAGAGUCUAGCACCCCAGAUAAGAAGAACCCGGUGCUCACAAACUAUCACUACAAGACUUGUUUGAUGCAUCUCUUGCUUUUCCGGCCUCUGUCCUACUGGGAACCAGAGCAAAUCGCACAAAGACUUCAGGACCUCCUCUUGCAUAUGAAUACUGCCUUGGAACAAAAAUAUCUGGAACACUUCCUCAUAGGGAACAUCUCUUUGCCCAUUCAGAUUCCUUUGCCCAAGAGCCUCAGAAGUGCCGUCCCCUUCAACCUUUUUGAGUACUUGGCCCAAGACCCACGCCUUCACGCCAAGGCAAUAAAUGAGUUUGUGCAGGUUGUAGAGCAGGUGAGGACACUCUGGCUAGCACCUGAAGAAUAG